AUGACCAUCAGAAGCUUCAAUCAGGGGCAACAAUACCGGCCUCGAAUGGCUUUCCUGCGCAAGAUUGAGCCUCUGAUAAUGGAGAUGCAGGAUCCAAAUACUGGAAUUAAAACACAAAGCCAGAGGCUGAUAAUAACUACGAUCCCUCACGCGAUGACAGGACAGCAAGAUUUUAUGCUACAAUUAAAUGGAGCAAUUUUCAUUGACCACAGUUCUCCCCGGACCCCCUACUUCUGGCCCACUCAGGAGUGGCCAGCAGAAGACACAGACUAUGCAAUUUAUUUGGCAAAGAAAAAUAUAUGCAAGAAGGGUAUAUUGGAAGACUAUGAGAAGGAAAAUUACAAUAUCCUGAACAAGAAGAUCAAUCACAAGUGGGAUUUUGUCAUCAUGCAGGCAAAGGAACAAUAUCGGGCUGGCAAAGAACGUAAAAAGGCUGACAGGUUUGUUCUGGAUUGCCAGGAGAGAGCGUAUUGGCUAGUGCACAGACCAGCGCCAGGAACUCUUGACGUCCUUGAUUACGGGAUUAACCGUGUGACAGACCCAAGUGCAGACAAGGUAGAGCAGAAGAAGACAUAUGAUUAUUACAGGAGAGAGAUUCUGUACUAUCAACAGGCCCUGGUCAGGUCCAGGGUGAAGUCUUCUGUCUCCCUGGAAGGAAUUGUAAAAUACUGUGAGCAGUAUUUUACCCAUGAUCCUAUAAUGUCGGGAUGCCUCCCUAGCAAUCCUUGGCUCACCGAUGACACAACAUUUUGGGAACUCAACACUCCAAUGGCAGACAACCCAACAAAGCUGAGAGUGGAGCGCUGGACCUUCAGCUUUGCUGAGCUGAUGAGGGAUCCCAGAGGCCGUCAGAAUUUUGAGCUUUUCCUCAAAAAGGAAUUCAGCGGAGAGAACUUGGCAUUCUGGGAAGCGUGCGAAGAUUUAAAGCAUGGAGAACAAUCAAAGGUUAAAGAAAAAGCUGAGGAGAUUUACAAAACAUUCCUGGCACAGGGUGCGAGGCGUUGGAUUAACAUUGAUGGGAGAACCAUGGAGAUUACGGUGAAAGGCCUGAAACACCCACAUCGUUAUGUGCUGGAUGCUGCACAGACUCACAUCUACAUGCUGAUGAAAAAGGAUUCAUACCCACGUUUCUUAAGAUCCCCCAUUUAUAAGGAGAUGCAGGGUACAGCUCUCAUUCCUGAAGAGACCAAGCCAAAAAGUAACUUUCCUUUCAUGAGGAGACACAGACGUUCCAGUCCCAGUCCUGUUGUCCUGCGGCAGCUUGAGCAGGAGGCCAGAGCAAAAGCAGCUGCCAGUGGCUCGAAGGUGGUCGACAUUACACAGAUAUGUAGGUUUACUGCACCUGUUCCCCACCUGACGGUGUACACAGGCCUAUGUAUCUCACCUUGUUCCCCAAAUCCAUCCUUAUCCAAUCCUGCCAACGCUGAUCUGCCCUUCUGCACCCCCAAAUACAUUCCAGUCACAAAUAGUGCCUUCUGCCCCUCGCCGAUCAGUGUCGCACUAGACAGUACUCCAGCAAUGGAAAGAAAAUGGCAGCACAAUCACUCAAUCUCUAAUCAAUUUUCCCCAGUUGCUGAAAAUACUGAGUUGUCUGUUGAGUCUGAAUCGAGCACCUGCUACCAGCCACCAGCGUCCAUGGAAACCAUACGUUCUCAGAAAGCCAAAGUGACUCUAUCCUUCAGCAAGUUUUUGAAACGGGGAUGUUCGAAUUCGCCAGUCUUUGCAACGCUGUCUCCCAAGUGCAUUUCAUUAAACAACCGAAAGAUCCAGCCUCUGAAUGACGCAGAGAAGCAGCUGCAGCAAAAGACAAGAAGAGUGUCCAACUUUUUCCAAAUCAAGGUAGAUAUCCCAGCCAAUUGCAGAAUUUACCCCAUAGAUUCUGAAGACGAAGAUGAAGAUUGUCAUCAUACCUACAAGGACUCUGCGAAUGAGGUCAUCUGUCCCUGGGAGAGUGUAGCAGAGGAAAGUAAAGCAGGAUGAUGGCAGUUCAACUUAAGACCAACGGACUAUGGGAUACUCAAGUACUUGAGUUGUUUGAAUGUUAGUGUCAGGAAAGCAGUGAUUCUGCUAACUUAGCAAAUACUAUUAAAGAAACACUCAGCGUGGUGGUGGUGUUUUGUUUGUCACAUUCUUAAAUUUCUUCUUUUAUCAAUGAUGAAUUUUCACUUUUGUUUCUCUUAACAGAGCAUGUUCUAUUCCCUCAUUUAGACUGCCAAGGUUGCCUUCACAUUGUUUUAAUUCUGCUAAGACCCUAUGGAUAACCAAAGCUGUUGGCACAAAGUAAAACAGUGACUGUAUAGAACUGAGUUUUAACAAUAAGAACUGGAAAAUUGCACCCAGGAAAAGUACACCACCACAACCUGGACAGUCUAAGUAGGCAAAUCGAUGGAACAUGAAUCAGCAGAGGGACGGAUAUAGUAAUUGCAGACUGAGGUCUGCAAUGCAAUAAAUAUAGUUUCAUUUCCUUUGAGGUUCAAUUUAUAUAUCAUAGUAUCUCUCGGAAAUGAUAAUCCUGAGUCCCCUAUUGUUUAAGGAUUAACCUGCUCUGCAUGUACUUGGAACAAAAAGAUUUUGGUUCCAGCUAUGUAUUUGUGAUCUUCCUGUAUAAAGGUGUAGUAUCAAUUAUGAUCUUGUUGGUAUUGGAACCGUUCAAGUCAUAUGUGUUUUAAUUGUAUACAUUUCUACUUUUAUAAACAAAAUUAAAGACUUGCACCUUUAGAGUGCACAAUCUUUGGAUGUCCCAAAGAGCUUUCCAGUUAACAGUGUGCUUUGAAGUAUAGUCACUAUUGUAACAUAGGAAAUAAAAUGUGGAAUGGUGUGAACAUGAUAUUCAUUGCAGUGACCAAUGCCAUAACUUUUUAAGACACCAGAGUCUUUCAGUUGUUCUAGCACACACAAGACAUUAUAUAAUCUGAAUGACAAAAGCAAAAUUAUGCAGUUUCUUUUCUGGCUUUAUUUGAAAGCAAAAGCAAUGAAUCUAAAUGUAGUUAGUAACAACACUGUCUGUGAAGUUCAUCAAUGACAUUAUACAAUGAUAUGAUAUUGUUACAGUGGGUGAUAAUUAGUAGAAAUAGAACAAAAGAAUAGAUCUUUAUGAAAUCAUGUGAAUAUAUUGACGAGAUUACUCAUUUGUAAUGAUAACUAAAUAUCUAUUAACAUCUGGAAGAUGCUUCUAAGCAUCAAUUGGUCCAUAUUUUAUGAAUGAGUUCUAGAAUGUAAACCAUGCUUUCUGUUAUUGGUCCUGAUGCUAUAAUUCUAUUGUAUAAGUGCCUAAGCAGAAAGUUUGUUUGUUGCGAUUUUAGUAAGUUUAUAACUUCUUAAUUUCUUAAUCGGUGUGAGUGUAGGUGCUUCAGAUCCAGUUGCUCCAAAAAGUGUUCCUGUUUGUGGGGUAGUGUGGUGAUAAAUUAAAAAGUGCUAUUUCUUGUAUU